AUGAGUUCCUGGUGGGGCAGUGACAAGUCGCAGCAGCAGCAAAGCGAACAGCUCAAGAGCGAUCUGACCGGGGCCAAGCAGGCUCUGUCGGCCCUCGAGGCGCAGCUGGCAAGCGAGCGGGCCGCAUCCUCGGCCAUCGGCACCCAGCUCGAGCAGGCCAACUCGGUCCGCGCUCAGCUCGAACAGGAGAUUGAUUCGCUGAAAGCCUCUCUGGACGACAAGACCAAGGCUCUCAGGCAGGCCGAGGCCCAGGGCAAAGCCAGGAUCCUCGAGUUGCAAGAAUCUCUCGAUGCCCAGGGCAAGACCCUGGCUACUCUCCGAAAGAACCAGCAGCCCGCCCACAACGACAAGCUCCCCCAGCUCGAGCGCGCCCUCGAUGCCGAGAAGCAGAGAAUCAAGACUCUGGAGGCCGAAGUGUCCCUAUCCAAAUCCGAGCUGCAAAUGUCUCGAGACAGCCUCAAGCACGCCCAGGACGCUCUCCAGCGCGCCACUCUUGUUCUCGACACCGUCCAACAGACCGCCGGGCUGUUGAAGGACAAGGUCUUUUCUGGCAAAGCCAAAGUCAGCGACAGCAUCGCCAGCUCUACCAAGGCAGUCGAGAAGCUUUGCUCCGAAAUUUUGGCGCUGCAGCGCCAAUCCAACCAGUCCGGCCACGACGAAUCCAUCCGCCGACUCACGGACUCACUCGAGCACACAAAGUCGCAUGUUCUUUCGUGGAUCCAGCUCAGCAUCGAUGCCAAAGAACAGCUGGUCAAGACUGAGGCCGCCCUUGAGGCGCUUAAACAGCAGAAGAGUCACCCUGGCCGCUCCGAGGCCGGGUCUUCUGAGCUCCAGAGUGUUCUGACCAAGAGCACCGAUUCGGUGCUGCACUCUCUCAGCGAUCUGAAGGAGCUGGUCCGUGCCAGAGGAGCCGGUUCGGAUGCGGCCUCCAAGACUGAUGCUGAGGAGAUUGUCAAGCGUAUCGACCGGCAAAAGGACGAGCUAAAGCAGCACAUCCAGAACCAAGUCUCGACUCAGUUGGCUUCCACCGUAAAAUCGUCGCUCAAUGAGAUUCGCACAAAGCUCGAGCAGGUCCACAAAUCGCUCGAGGCCACGUUCACUGGCGCCGUCGCCGACACAAAGACCAGCGGAGACCACAGCCAGCUCUUGUCGACUUACCACGAGCACGCCAGCGUCAUGAAGGAGGAGUUUAAGGCCCUCCACAAGCUGUUGGAGUCGCUGGCUGCGAAGAGCCAGCCGCCCGCCUCGAUUGCCUCUCCCCAGCGAGAUGCAGCAUGGGUCGGAUCUCCAGCUCGCGUCAAGGCCAAGAAGGGCCCAGCUUUCCAAGAAUCAGUCAAAGCCAUCCAGAGCAUCUUGUCGCCUACAAAGCUGGGUCAUUACAACAAGGUCGCCAGCCCCGUCGCCGGAAAGCAGGGGAAGCGCGCGCACGAUGAGGAAGAGGACCACCAGGCCAAAAAAAGCAAGGCCGCAGACGAAAUCGACCAGAUCUUCGAAACCCUUGAUCCAGAGCAAACCGAGACCGGCGACGAUUCUUUGGAGCUGCCCACCUCGACCCUGGACGCUGCUGGCGAAGAUUCGACCAACAAGAAAAAGAAGACCAAGAAGAAGAAGAAGAAGGCCACCGAUACGGCCUCGGUCGUCUGA